CUGGCCGGGCAGCGCGCGAGCUGCGCUGGGCUGCCUGGCUCGCGCGCCGGAGGCCCCGCGUCGCCUCAGCUCCAGGCCGGCGGCUGCGCUGGGGACCUUGCCCGCCCCCCGCCGCGUACUGGCGUCAUGUGGGCUCCCCGCGCGUCACGUGACGCGCUCGCAGCUGGCUCGGUCCCGGGGAGCUGCUGCUGCUGCUGCCCUGGAGCGCGGCGGUGCCCCGCUCCCGCCGCUGGCCCGGCUCGCGCGCGCCAUGGAGCUGUACAUCCCGUCCUUCCGCUACGAGGAGAGCGAGCUGGAGCGAGGGUACACGGUCUUUAAGAUAGAGGUGCUGAUGAGUGGAAGAAAACAUUUUGUUGAAAAGAGAUAUAGUGAAUUUCAUGCCCUCCAUAAAAAGCUCAAAAGGUUUAUUAGAACGCCGGAAAUCCCUUCCAAGCACGUGAGAAACUGGGUCCCUAAGGUCCUGGAGCAGCGGCGACAAGGCUUGGAAAUAUACUUACAGACUAUCAUUUUAGAAAAUGAAGAUCUCCCCAAAAUAUUUCUAGACUUCCUGAAUGUUCGGCAUGUCCCUUCUCUGCCAAAGGCAGAAAGUUAUGGUUCUUUUGAUGAAACAGAAUCUGAAGAAUCAAGCAAACUGUCCCACCAGCCUGUACUGCUGUUCCUAAGGGAUCCAUAUGUCUUGCCUACAGCCAACGAUGACUUUCCAAAUGUAGUUAUUGAAGGAGUCCUCCAUGGGAUAUUUUAUCCUCAUCUACUGCCCAGGUAGAAGUGGUGCAUGGAUAGAAGAAAUUAAAGCAAGUCUUGAAAAGAAAAUUGACAUAAACAAAAUUCUGUGGCAUGAUAGCAAUUCUAAGAGGCGGAAGUCACCAACUUAAUUUAAUUCCAUACAUUAUAGCUUUUAAAAUCAGUGUCACUACAGUUUGUGCUUUUAAAAAAAAUAGAUAAGCUGAAGACCUUUGUUUCCAUAUUUAAACUAAUGUAUAUACAUACUCUAAUAUUUAAUACUAAAGAAUGACAGUCAUACACUGAAUUACACUAAUCUUUGAAAAGAAUUAAAAGCUUUACUAAUAUUGCUUGGGUUUUUUUAUUACAAAUUACACUAAUUCUUUUUUUACAUCAGGAUAGUCCCAGUGCAUUAACCAUUGCUGGCAAUGAAUGCAUUGAAAGUGCUGGCACUGAAGACAGUAUGAGAGAGACUACAAAGUAAUUUUAAAAAAUGAAGUUGCUUAACUGGAAAUUAAAUGCAACUUAAAGUAUUGCAUUAGUAUUCAAAAGGUAAAUAUUUCAAAUCUACACCUUAAUAUUUGGGUAGAACAGUGUCAAGUUCUGUGUGAUAGGGAGUUUCCACCUUCUGCAAUGUAGCUUUGUUUCAGGAUAUUGGUUAUAGAGAACUUGUAUGGCAUUCUAACCACCUGGAAGUUUGGCAUAACAUUUAUGGUAACAACCUCAUUCAGUUGUUACUUCUAGUGUGUGUUUAAUUUCCAAGCCAAUUUACACUCUGUGUUUAAUCUCUUAUAUUUUGUGACCACAGUUUACACCACUUUUUGGUUAGAUCAAGGAAGGAUAUAAUUUACUAGUAAAAUAACUAAAAAUUAUGUGUUCAGAUAAACUUGAAAUUUGUUAUGUCCAUUACUGGAUAUUACACUGUAAAAUAAACUACUAGAACAUGCACACAGGAGCAUAUGAACUGU